AUGCAGUGUCACGGACACAAUGCGAGCGACAGACUUGCUGCAUCAACAGCUCCCCGUUUUCUGCUGCUCUGGCCAGAAAUAAACCAUAUAUACCCCCCCUGCCCCCCAAAAAGCCCAAUGAGAGGGAGAAUGACGGAGCCGCAGAGUGCCCCGGAGCAGCUGGCUGAAGGGAAGAGUCAGGGCGGGGCCGGCGCCAUCUACAAGGUGGUGCUCUUUGAGAAGGAGAACUUCCAGGGCAAAAAGGAGGAGUUCUCGGAGGAGUGUAAGGAUGUGACGGAGAAGAGCCUGGAGAAGGUUGGCUCCCUGCUGGUGGAAUCCGGCCCCUGGGUGGGCUUUGAGCGCCAGGGGUUUGCGGGGGAGCAGUUUGUCCUGGAGAAGGGGGAGUAUCCCCGUUGGGACACCUGGACGAACAGUCAGAGCAGCAACUCCCUGCUGUCUCUGCGGCCCCUGAAAGUUGACAGCGCUGAACACAAGCUGCAUCUGUUUGAGAACCCGGGCUUCACUGGGAGGAAGAUGGAGAUCGUGGAGGAUGAUGUUCCCAGCCUGUGGGUUCACGGUUUCCAGGACCGAGUGGCCAGCAUUAGAGCCCUGAACGGAACUUGGGUGGGAUAUGUGUACCCGGGCUACAGGGGGCGCCAGUUCGUGUUCGAGCAGGGCGAGUUCAAGCACUGGAACGACUGGGACGCCGCGGUGCCCCAGAUCCAGUCCGUCCGCCGUGUGCGUGACAUGCAGUGGCACAAGAGGGGCUGCUUCACCACCCCCGCACCCCCGCCCCCCGACCCCCCUGCUGAGGCAGCCAGCUCCAGCUGA